UGUUGUGUUUGUUUAGUUUUUAGAUAGAGUUGUUUAUUGAUGUUUGUAAAAUUAACUGUUAAACCCUUUACCCUUAAGUUAAGUAUUGUAGAUUGCCCGAAUAGUUUUAAAAUUCUCCUGAAAUGUCAUCACGAGGUGUCAAGAAGCGUCAAAAGCCAAUGUCCAAGUCUCAAAGAGCCAAUGUAACUUUUCCUGUAGGCAGAAUGAAGAGAUUUCUCAAGAUGGGAACUCACCGGCUUCGUAUUGGGAUCGGUUCUCCGGUGUAUAUGGCUGCUGUAAUCGAAUAUCUGACAGCUGAAGUAUUGGAGUUAGCUGGCAAUGCUGCCAGGGACAACAAGAAGGGCCGUAUUACACCUCGCCAUAUUUUGCUAGCUAUUGCUAAUGACGAGGAGUUGCAUUGUUUAUUAAAGAAUGUAACAAUUGCUUCUGGUGGAGUGUUACCAAAGAUUCACCCAGAACUUUUAGCUAAGAAGAAAGGUGGAAAAUUUAUCUUGAGUAAUAAUGUUCCACUGACAGUGCCAUACAAGAAACCGAUCGCCACAAAACCUUUAGUUUACAAAAAACAGACUACGGCAGCAACGAGCCCUGCAUCUCCUGCCCCUGGUUCACCCUCUACAGCUAAAGUGAGGGGGAAAAUCGGAAAAGCCAAGGAAGCGGCAGCAGCAUCUCCUUUAGUCCCAUCCAUCACCAUUUUAUCAGAGAAGAAACUAUUUCUUGGACAGAAGCUGACUUUGGUGCAAGGGGACAUCACUGGCAUGACAGCUGAGGCUUUAGUCCAUCCAACUAAUGCAAUUCUAGCCAUGAUGGGAGAAGUAGGCCAGGCCUUAGAAAGAAAAGGAGGCAAAGACUUUUUGCAGGAGGUGCAUUCACUCAAACAGACGCAUGGCAAUUUGGAUACAGCUGAAGCGGUGGUUUGCCCAGGCCAUAAUUUUACGGCUCGUUGGGUGAUUCACAUCAACUUGCCUAGCUUCAAUGAAGCAGAUUCUAUGGACAAGCUGGAGAAAGCCGUACACAACUGUCUCACAGUAGCUGAUCAGCGAAACAUCAAGUCUCUGGCUCUGCCAGCCAUCGGUAGUGGCAGGGCUGGGUUUCCCAAACAACAAGCUGCUAACACAGUGCUGAGGUCCAUCUCAAGUUACUUCUCUUCCACACUGUCUUCCUCUGUCAAACAGAUAUAUUUUGUGCUCUGGGACAUGGAGAGUAUUGGUAUAUAUACAGCAGAGCUGGCUAAGCUAGAUUCAUAGAAUUGACUGUAUUUAGUACUCAGCCAAAACUGGAUUGUUAUUUGUAAACUAACUGUGCAUUUGGGAUCAUCAACCAAUAAACUAUCAACCAACUAUCAAAGAUGUUCUUUAAAUAUUCAGGGUGUUUGAAUAUCUCAAAACCGUAAUAUGGCAACAACACUUUGACUUAGUGGUUGAACUCUCAAAAAUGAUUAAAAAAGGUUGUCCUAAAUGUAGUUAGGCUACUUCACAAAUAUUAUUAGCUAAGUUGCCUUACCUAAAUGGUAAAUGGCGUUGAUGAUUUAAAAUUAAAACCUUAAUUUUUUUACUGAUACACUUCUAUGUCCUUGUAGAAUUAGUAGAACAAUGUAAGCUUUGAGUGAAUUGCCAUAUACAUUGUUGUAUUCAAACUUUAUAGUGAAUUUAAAUUGGUUAACAAGUAUAAUCCAGUCGUGGCAGAUUCCAAGUGAGAUCUUAGACUUGUAGGUCUGUUUAAAGGCCAGUACCACAUGACCAAUAGGAUAAUUACGUGUUAAGAUUAUGUUGUUUCAGUGAACUUAGUCAUUUAUGUGAUUAUGUCAAAGUAUCAAGCUACCAAUGCUCUAGGAAGGAUCUGAUAAAAUCAAUCAAUAUUAUCGCUAGAAUGUUAAAAGUAAAUUACCAAAAAAGGAAGAAAAAACCAUACAGAUAACAUGCAAUAUCUGUAUAUAUGGCCCAGACUGUCUAGGCUGUAAAUGGAGCUUACACAAAAGGUGCAUAUUUAUAUGCUAGACCUCAUAGUGUUAUUACACCCUUUCUCAUGUGUUGAGGUACGGUACUCUAAAUUCAGGUUAAUUACAAAUUGUUUAUUCAAAGUUUGAUACAUCAAUGAAGUAAUAACAAAACUUCUUCCACCAAAGUGAGUAAAAGAUAAAAUCAAGCUGGUGUAAUGUCUUCAGUCCUCAAGGUCUCGGGUUCAAAUCCCACCAAUCACCAAUGGAUUAUCCAAGUGAUAAUGCCGCAACCUCUAGCCUAGUCCAAAGUAAUGUGAAAAACAAUCCCAGAAAAAAAGAGUUAUGAUAAGAAUUAAUGAAUUAAUUGCUCUUCUUUAUGUGUGAUUUAGAACCCAAAUGAGAGUCUAUAUAAAUAAAAAAAUAAUAAACCUAGACAUCGAGUUGUUAACAGGGUGUCCAGCCAACCUGGAAAAGUGAAAACGAGAAUAAAUUUUUAUUAGCAAAAAAUCUCAGAAUAAUACAUACAUUUUGUAGAUAAGUUGAAAAUUUUAAUUUUUGAAUAGUAGCCUACCUGAAAAAUCCGCCCGAAAACUCAGAUUUUUCUUAUUUUUUGUAGUUAAUAAUCACAAUCAAGGGUGAUCACAGAUACAUGACAUGGUGAAGGUGUUGACAUGACUACUGGAUGUCGCG